UGCGAAUUGAAUGACGACAGUGGCGUCGUUAUCGUUAUUUAUCUAUAUCAAUGACUAUACAAAUUCUUUCUCUUUAAAUAUGAAACCUUCUGUACAGUGAACAAUAUUUGUAUUGUGUAAAACGUCAAAGUUAUAAGUUUUUAUUAUAUAAGGAAUAUAUUGUGAUAUACACUCUCUUAAUAGUAUUGUGUAUUUUAUUGCUAUAAAAAAAAAGAGAAAGAAAUAAGGUGUAGGAGGGAGGAAGAAAGAAAAAGAGAGAGAGAGAGAGACGUGUAGAAAUACAGUAAGGAAAAAAUACAAGUUAAUAGGUGUGUAGGAGACAAGUAAAGGAAGAAAUGGAGGAAAAGAUAUAGGGAGCAUAUUAAUUAAGCAAAGAAACCGUGAUCCAUCAUCGAGGCGUGGAAGUCGGUGGUGGAAGAUCUGCUGGAUAGGAAAACGACGGAGGAGCAGGUCGAUGAAGAAGAAGAAGAGGAAGAGGAGCAAGAGGAAAAAGAGGAAGUAACGCAAUGGAGAAUAGCGAAAAAGUGCGUGUUGUGGAGAACAUUGAUGGCGAGGCCGCGUCGUCUAGCGAUAAUUCUGAGAGAGAGGAAAAUUCGACGCGUUCUGAAAAGGCACAUCGUGCAUCACCUUCGGAAGAGAAUCCUUCUAUUACUUCCACAGAUGAAAGUCGUACUUCGAUCUCGGCAGACGAGUCGACUGCAACAUCCGAGGAUGAUUACGGCUGUGAGCACUAUAAACGAAAAUCGAAGUUUGUGACACCUUGCUGCAAUAAGGUUUAUACAUGUCGGUUUUGUCAUGAUGAACAGGAAACACAUACUGUGAAUAGAAAAGAAGUAACAGAAUUAAUAUGUGUUCUUUGCGAUACUCGUCAACCUGUACAGGCUACCUGUCAAAACUGUCAUUGCCAUUUUGGAAAAUAUACCUGUUUAGAAUGCAAUCUUUUCGAUGAUGAAGAUAAAAAUCAAUACCACUGCGAUGGUUGUGGAAUAUGCAGAGUUGGUGGACGGGAUAGAUUUUUUCAUUGUGCCAAGUGCAAUAUGUGUCUCCCUAUUCAGCUACAAAAUGGUCACACGUGUGUGGAAAAUGUAUCACAUGCAAACUGUCCCGUUUGUUUAGAGGAUAUUCACACAAGUCGGAUUCCUUGUCAUAUCCCAGGUUGCGGGCACUUGCUUCAUCGAACUUGUUUUGAGGAAUUGUUACAUUUUGGUCAUUAUGCUUGUCCUACGUGUCAGGUAUCUCUUUUAGAUAUGACAGACCUAUGGAGAUUUCUUGAUAUGGAAGUAUCUUUAACACCAAUGCCAGAAGAAUAUAGGGAUUAUAAGGCAGAUAUUUUAUGUAAAGAUUGUCACGAGGAAUCUACUGUGAAAUAUCAUGUUGUUGGAUUAAAAUGUUUGAAUUGUGGUAGUUAUAAUACCUGCAGAGUUAAGGGAUCUCCUUCACCUGAUGAUAACACUUUAGACGAGGCAGCUGGUGGUAGCAGUACAGGUGACAUGGAACAGUCUCAGAGAUAGAGUUUUAAGUAUUAAAGGAUAAAUUUAUUAAUUUACAAUAGAAUGCGGAACAGAAUUAAUGAGAAAACUUUGGAACGCAAUUUGAAUCAGUGUUUCUUAAAUGCAUUUUUUAAUAUAUUCCAUUUUUGUGAUGUUUAAUGAUA